AACUCGGAACAUGUGACACCGAGUCCCAUGUAGUACUAUGUAGUACUAUGUAUCUUAUGCUGUGUAUUCCAUUAGGAUUAACAUUGUAGUUUAUAUUUAAUCAAAAGUUGUUCAGUUUUCUUGCGUUUAUCGCAUUAUUUUUACCAAUCGGUUGUUUCUUCGCUUCGCAACCAGAUAUCGUCAUGUUCUUUUUCAUUUAAAUUUAGAACAAUAGGAAAAAACGGUUAGGCGGCAGAUUUCUGAAAUCUUUUGUUCAUCGAAAGAUUUUUGACGCUGUUUGUUUUCAAACGUUUCUACCAAUUUUACGAAUAUGCCGGUAAAAUAUAUUGGCAGAAAAACCGAUUUUAAAGGGAAAACAUUAUGGCAGAUUUUGGGAAACUUGAAGAAUUACGGAGUAGGUCGAAUGGUUGUGCGAAGCAAAUUUCAAGAAUACCCUGAACCCAGUUACAUGAGAAUAUUAAAAGUAGCCGCAGUACCAAUGAUCGGUGAAAGUAAUCCAGAUAACAUGCGAAAAGUGAUAGCACUCGUAGAAAAAACGUUCCGAGGUCAAAAGUUCACGAAACCAAGUCAACUAGAUGCUGUAACUUAUAAAUCAGAUUACGUAUUGAUACCGAAAGAUCAGGAGUCACGUUAUACGAAUGUAAUUUGCGAAAAGCCUGUAAAAAUUUUGCCACGCCAAAUAGAAUUUCCACCUCUGCUGAAGGAAAUUUUAAUUCGUCAGAGAAAACGGACAGGGCAGGAGAUAACGGAAGAUAUAAAGCUACAAGCUCGAUAUAAUUUCAAUGGUCUGAAGAACCAAAGAAUCGCGGAAGAACAAGAGACUCCUACGAUAGAUUUCCAGAAAACCGCACAGCCUACUUUAUAUAUCACCACUGGCGAUGAACAAACGAAUCAGUUGUGAAUUUACAUGAAUUUUCAAAGCGCUCUACGAGGAAAUGCUAUCCUUUACUUUCAGAGCAUUCGUUCUGUUCACUACAAUCAUUUGACGAUACGUCUCGCAGCGAAGGAAAUUGGCAUCGUACGUCUUGUAAUAAUCAGUGAUCCAUGGUUUGCCUACGAGUAUUCUGUUAAAUGUCCAAUGACAACGUGCUUAAAUUACGAAUGAGAAAAUUGAGCAGUAAAUAUUUACCUAAAAUGCCAGUCGAAUGUUGUAAAAUGGUGUGAUUUUCAAUUUGUCCGGUAAACGAUUCUUUCUCUGCAAGAUUCUAAUGUACGAUGCGUAAAUUGGUCAGCUAUACAUAGUGUAACGAA